AUGAUAGCCCCCACCUACCGUUUUCCUACAGCUGCGCAGGUGAUGCGUCUGUAUUCACAGUGCAUUGGUCUCGCAGUGCCGACCCAACCAGCCAUGCUCGCCUCUGCGCUCUACUCGCCCAUACGCCACGAGCAAUACGGGCAAACAGACUUGUUCCAGCUAGCCGGGCUUCUAGCCUCAAAAGUCAUUUUAAACCACCCGUAUCAGGACGGAAACAAGAGAACGGCGCUUUACGCGGCAGACAUGUUUCUCAAGAUGAAUGGGUACCGACUAGAGACGAAACCGAUGGGCACAGAGGACGCGCAGCGGUAUCAGGAAAUUGCUCUGGCUCAGGUCUCGGCUGCUACUACGCAGUGGUCGUCGGAGGAUUUAGGGGCGUAUUUUGCAAAAAUAGCUACGCCCUUGGCAAAUGCAGACGAUGCCAGCGACACCCUUGACAGCACUGAAGAGCACUGA